AUGGCCCCUCAAACCCUCUGCGCCCCCUCCAUCCGCCAGGCCCCUGGGGGGCCCCCUGGGGGCCCCUCUUGCGGGCCCCUAGGGGCCUCUGGGGGUCCCCCCGGGGGGCCCCCCGGGGCUCUCCCUUGGGGGCCCCUAGGGGCCCCGCUUCUGAGUUUGCUAGAGGGGGGCCCCCUGUGGGGGCCCCCUGUGGGGGGCCCCCACAGGGGGGCCCCCAAGAACUUUGGGGGGCCCCCCAAGGCCUUAGAGGGGCCCCUCUUCCGCUGCAUUUCUGCAGAAGAUUUGAGACUUGCUUUGUCUCCUCAGGGGGCCCUUGGGCAGCAGCUGAAAAGGGGGGCCCCCUCCUUCUCUUCUGCCUCUUCUUUUAGUUCUUGGGGGCCCCCAGGGGCCCCCGAGGGCCCCGGGGGGCCCCCCGGGGGCCCCGGGGGCCCCCAGAGUGAAGAGAAGGGCUUUUCGCCCGCAGCUGCAAAACCCCCAAAAGAAAUGAAGCAGCUUUUAGAGCUGCAGCAAGAGCAGGACUCUCCAACAGAGUUCAGUGAAGAAGCAGCAGCAGCAGCAGCAGCAGCAGCAGCAGCAGCAGAAGCAGCAGCUGCAGCUGAAGCAACAACAGAAGCAGCAGCAGCAGCAGCAGAAGCAGAAGCCUCAACAACAACCGCAGCAUCAACUGCAGCAGCAGCAGCACCUGGGUCUGCAGCAGCAGAUCCGUGGGCUUUGUAG